CAUGUCAUUGUUUGCGGCAUUUUCCAUAUGACAACACUAUACUACAGAGCAAAAACGUUUCUCAUCAAAACAAUCUAUUCGCGAAUCGAUUAUACGGACCGUGUAUUCUGCAGUUUUCUUUAAGAAAAGAGAAAAUUCGUGAAAAUUAGUGAGAGCCGGAAAAGUGAGAGAAUUGUCGUGCAAAAUUUUCAUUUCAAUUUUCAGUUAGAGUUUUAGUCGUGUUCAGAAUGGCGGGCGUGUGUUGUGUUCGUAAAUGUCAAGCAAUUUUGAAAAUUGAUUUUAGGAAUUUUGGAUUAAAAACAUUUGUGGCUGCUCAACAGAAUUGCAACGAAACAUGGAGUAGACGAGAACGGCGAUACUGUUCAACGUCAACUGCAACAACAACAACGAACCAUAAAUCCGACGGUGUAGUUAAUUCUAAUUCCGAUGUUACAGUUAAAUACAUACGUGGCUUACCACAUGUAACCGUGCCAUUGCCAAGUCGAAAUGAAAAAUGCCAAUUCGCUUUAAGACCGGUAUCACAUAAUGUUGGCGAUUUUUUGCAUAUGCUACGUGCAGAGGAUAAAGGAAUCGAUCGUGCGGCUGUUUUGAAUAAUGACGGAAUUCGGAUAGCAGCCGCUUGUUCAAUAGAAAAUUUAAUGGAUGAGGAUUUUUGGUUACACGUGAAUGACAAACGUUACCAUGUACACCCUCCUGAACGCACAAAAUUGAACUUAGAAGAAUUAUCAGCUGUAGGCGAUGUUAAAGCUCUUGUUGCACAGUUAUACGAAGCACUUCAUGUUGGCGAACAUCAAAUAAAAAAGGAACGGGAAUUGUACACUAGACUAGAAAAACUGAACGAACAACUAGGGCCAUAUGAACAGAUUAAACAUGAAAUUGCCGAUACGUCAGAACGCCGAACUAGUUCACUGACAUGGGUGGGCUUAGGUUUGAUGUCAGUACAAUUUGGAAUUCUUGCAAGACUGACAUGGUGGGAAUAUUCCUGGGAUAUUAUGGAGCCCGUUACUUAUUUCGUAACAUACGGUACCGCCAUGGCUGCCUAUGCAUACUAUUGCCUUACAAAACAGGAAUACAAUCUUCCCGACGUUAAAGACCGUCAAUACUUAAUAACUCUACAUAAGAAAGCGAAAAAGAAGGGAUUCGACAUCGAACUGUACAAUCAAUUGAAACGUGAGGUUGCUGAAGUGGAACAUGAUCUGCGUCGUCUUCGAGAUCCGCUGUACGUACGUUACUCGCCAACAUCGGCACCAAAUCUAACCGAUAAUUCAUCGAUUUUAUCCAAGCAACAUGGCUUUAGUAACACGACCAAACAACCUAAUACCCUAAGUAAGUACAAUAUUCAAGAUUUACUCAGCAGAGCAGUAAAGUCGUUUAAGAAAUAGAAGUUUUUCUUUAUGAUUUCAUUUUCAUUUUUUUUUUUAGAAUCUUUAGAUAGAAAUUAAAUAUAAAGGAAGUGAAGGAAGCUGGCGAGAUGUGAAAAAAAUAUGAAAUUUAAUUCAACAGCAAGAACAUGUAGCACUAGACUUGUAAAAAGAGCAAGAAAUUGUUAUUCUGUUUCGUUUUCUGGUUUUUGUAUUUUUUUUUUUAAACUGAAACUCUUUGAUUAAUUAUGAAAUUCUUGAUUGAAAUUAGCAAACUGAAAAAUGAAUGAAAUUUCAAAACAAAAACUAUAGAGGUGCUUUAAAUAAUUAACAUUUUAUCUUAAAUAAAAAAGGAUUUAAAUUUAAAUAAAAAAAACCGUUUUUAGAGCUUCUUUAGAAUAAGAAAACUUAAAAAGUUGAAAAAACAAUUUAAAAACAAACAUUAACAAAUCGUUUGAAAACAUGAAAUGAAAAAAAGCAAAAAUUGUAAUGGGACAGUCAUAAUUGUAAAUAAUAAUUUAAAUUUAGGUUUCCUAUAAAAUAUACAGAGUCUUAUGCCAUAUGUACCAAUUGAAAAACAGAAGAAGAAGAAAACUAAAUUGCAUUCGCCAUUAACAAAUUGCAAAGAUAAUACAAAUAAAAGAAUCUCAUUGAACAACAUUGAAUUGAUAUAAUAUUGUCAAAAUGUAAUAGUGUCGGAACUAGCCUAUCCUUUUACUUUGCUAUCGAAAAACAUAUCAUCAUCAGUACACACACUAUCCGCUUGCCUUGUGUUCUGAAAACUAUUGUGAUUCGGUUACUAUUACUGACAUUUUCAUAGUUUCCGCAUUUCAAUUUCAUAUGACUUCAUUGACGAUAAGUGGUUGAACUUAUACAAUUAGACCCAAAUCACACUUGCACAAUUAGAGCCAAAUCUCACGGACUUUAGCGUAUCUCACUAGGUCUCGGAUCGGUGUAAUAUUCUUAGACUCUUCAAGGUGAACCACAUUUGUUCUACGACUUUUGUUUUUGAGUGUUAGAUUUGCCCUAACGAUGGAAGUCUUACCUCAGCCGUUGUAUAAUUAAGAUAUUGGAACCGCAAUUUAUGCAAUUUAAAAAUAAAAAUUUUGUUCGAAGGUCUGACGUCUUCAGUUUUCGAAUUAUCAACUUGUAUGCACACCAUACCUUCCACCAAAAAUUGUAUUGCAUUUUUUAUCGGGCUGCAGUACUUCAAUUUUCACAGCUUUAACUCCAACUUAGAUACUAUUUUCUACAAAAACUACCCUCGUUAGGGUCUUUGUGACGCUCAAUUCCAAAAGCAGUAGAACAAAUGACAUCUAUCCGUGACUCGAUGAGAGACAUUUUAUUAAUCGCUUGUCGAUAACAGAAUGUUUGGUUUCCUGUAUACGCCAGGUACUCCCUCUGGAAGUAGCUCCGUUGUGAUUUAUUUGUCACCUGGAGCUGCGUAGUUUCAAAUGUUGAUUGUUUUGAAAUUAUUCGGAGAUUAAAUUAUUUGAAGUGAAUUUUUCCUGGUUUCCCGAGGAUCUACAUAAAAAGGACACACACAACUGGUGUUUUUCACGAUUUCGAAAUCCGGAUGAUUCUACAAACUGGACAUUCACAAAGUAUAUUUUGUUUGCCUCAUUUGUCGUUCAACAAUAAGAAAAAUGCGCAUUGCGUUUCCGGCUAUUCGCACAAAAAGAAGUCGUCAUAGGUAAUAUAAUUAUCUUUGCAAUAACCUUUUACAGACGGUGAUGACAUCAACUCUCUACCGACCUUCAUAACUAUUGAAGAGAAUUGUCUUUAAUCAACCUGCUGAGCUGAAACAGCUUACAUUUAAUGAAGGGUCUAUGUACAUAUUAAUACUGAUGAUAUGUUUGCUGUCUGUGAAAGGUUAACAAUCACGUUCACGAGAAAUGUACCAACUAAGUUGACUUAAUCAAAAUGAAAGGCCUGACUUACAUUAACAAUCUCAUUUAAGUUUUGUUUCGUUUCGUUUUGUAGUAAUUAAUUUUAAAAAAUCACUGCAACAAACGCACAAAAGUUGCUUUUUAUUUAUUGCAUUUUUUGGGUAGAUUUUGUUGUUUGAAUUGUUUAUUAUUUAAGUUUGUAGUUAGGUAAAUAAUUUAAUAAAAUGUUUUUUAACUUUACACGAAUUUAAUUGCAGGCAGCGGUAAUCUAUCGUAGGGAUCGUUUGCAUUAAUUAGUUUUCUUCAUCUGAUCGACGUCAGGCCAGAAAUCCGAUCAACGCUAUAACUGAGCUAGCAAGAUUAGCUAGCAAGAUUUCGAGCCUGCUCAAAUGAAUCUUUGACAAUUUGGCAGGACAACUUUCGGGGAAAUGUUUUCCAAUAUUUUCUUUUUCUAAAAAAUUUCAGAAAAAUGGUAAAUUUAGGAAAAUAUGAGAAACAGUUUUCCCGAAACUAGCUGCUGUAAUUUCGGAUUGACGGAUUUUUAGUCGUUUAGAUGUACAGAAGAAAACCGAUUUCUGCAGGCGAAACUUAUGAAGGACUUGCACUGUAAUAUAUUUUCUUAUUUUAAAUGAAAGAACGGCGAGUUUGUGCCAUAUUUUUAUUCUCUUUGUUAUCCCUUUCACAUAUUUAUUUCAUCUUUAAUCUUCUCAAAGUAAAAUGUAGUUAUUUCAUCAUCCACAGCAUUUUCAUAUUUUAAAUGUUCUUGCUGCUAAUUUCACUAUUUUUUGCACGUUCCUCAUACAAUAUUUGUGCAUUUAUUACAUCACACAAUAAUUACCUCACAGAUCAAAAAAAAAA